AUUUCCGCGACUUAUUCUUCCUUUCCUGGUGCGGUCUCGCUCGGUAGCCGAAAUCAAUGGAGAGAGGACGAGAUCAGAUUCGGCAGAGGCGUUGGGGCAAUAACAGCGCUCGUGGCACCGACGAAAUCGCCUCGGUACUCCGGAAAUGUUGGUACCGCCUCCGCCUGUCGGUGCGCGACCCGUCGCGCGUCCCCACGUGGGAUGCCAUCGUCCUCACAGCCGCCAGCCCCGAGCAGGCCGAGCUCUACGACUGGCAUCUCCGCCGGGCCAAGCGUCUCGGCCGAAUCGCCUCCUCCACAAUCAUCCUCUCAGUCCCUGACCCUGAUGGCGCCCGCAUCGGAUCCGGCGCCGCCACUCUCCACGCUAUCUACGCCCUUGCUCGCCACAUCCUCCAAUUUGAGCCAAUGCCCCCCGAGGUAAAGUAAUUGCAUUUUCUUUCUCUUCGUUGGCUGCUAUCGCCUCUUUACCAAUUAGUGCGGUUCCACCAGGCCAUUGACAUUUUCAAGCCUAGAUUGUCUUUAACAGAGGAGGUUACUGAAGACAAGAAAGAGAAUGUGUCAUAUGUAGCAAAUAGAUGGUCAGAUGCUGACAUUUCAUCCUUAUCAACUGUCAACUUUAUGUUUAAAAGACACAUACUAUUGCUCCAUGCUGGAGGGGAUUCCAAAAGGGUCCCAUGGGCAAAUCCAAUGGGAAAGGUGUUCCUGCCGCUACCAUAUUUGACAGCAGAUAACCCUGAUGGUCCUGUUCCAUUACUUUUUGACCACAUACUUGCAAUUUCCUCUAGUGCAAGGUGGGAUUUUCAUAAUGACUGGAGAUGUUCUCCCUUGUUUUGAUGCCUCAACCAUGAUCCUUCCUGAUAAUUCAGGGUGCAUUAUAACAGUUCCUAUUACCCUGGAUGUUGCUGCUAACCAUGGUGUUGUAGUGGCUUCGAAUGAAGGAACUAUUGGUGACAACUACUCCCUAUGCUAUGUUGAGAACCUUCUGCAGAAGCCAACCUUGGAAGUGCUCAAAAAGGGUAAUGCUAUAUUACCCGAUGGUAGGACACUGUUGGAUACUGGUAUAAUAGCAGCAAAGGGAAAGGCAUGGGCUGAGCUUGUUAAGAUUGCCUGCUCUUCAAGUCAAACAAUGAUAUGUGAGCUUGUUAAUUCCCAAAAUGAGAUGAGCUUAUAUGAAGAAUUGGUAUCAGCAUGGGUACCUGCUAAACAUGAAUGGUUGAGGUCACGCCCUUUAGGAGAAAAACUUAUCAGCGCUUUGGGUAAACAAAGGAUGUUCAGUUUUUGCGCAUUUGAGUUGUCAUUCUUACACUUUGGUACAUCAUCUGAAGUACUUGAUCACUUAGGUGGUCAUAACUCAGCAUUAGUAGCUCGCAGACACUUGUGUUCUAUGUCAGAAACAACUUCUUGUGAUAUUGCUGCAUCUGCUGUUAUUCUUUCCAGCAAAAUUGCACCCGGAGUUUGUAUUGGAGAAGACUGUUUAGUUUAUAACUCAACACUUUCUGGUCGUGUACUUAUUGGAUCACAAUCCAUUGUUGUUGGGUUGGAUAUAACAUGCAAAAAAAAACAGGCAGAAGUUGAUAAUCCGUUCCUGUUUGCUUUGCCUGACCGUCAUUGUCUAUGGGAAAUUCCCUUGAUUGGAUCUUUGGGAAAAAUUGUUGUGUAUUGUGGUCUUCAUGAUAAUCCUAAGGUUUCUGUUGAAAAUGGUGGUACUUUCGGUGGAAAACCAUGGAAAAAGGUCCUUCAUUGUCUACACAUUCAAGAAAAUGACUUGUGGAGUUCUGUGGGCAACCAAGAGAAAUGCUUGUGGAAUGCAAAACUGUUUCCAAUUUUGUCUUUAUCUGAUAUGCUUAAUAUAAGCAUGUGGCUUACUUGCUCAACUACUCCCAACUGUGAAAAUAUCCUGUCUCUAUGGAGGAGUUCACAUCGCAGCAGUUUGGAGGACUUACACAGAUUGAUAGAUUUUUCACUGCUUUGCAACCAAUCUAGUAACCACCAAGCAGAUCUUGCAACUGAAAUUGCUAGAGCUUGCCUUACUUAUGGUUUGCUAGGUCGUAACUUGUCCCAACUAUGUGAAGAAAUUUUACAGAAGGGUACCUCUGGAAAGGAGAUAUGUAAGGAAUUUCUUGCAAUCUGUCCAGUUCGUCAGGACCAGACGCAUGGUAUUCUUCCUCAAAGCAGAGCAUACCAGAUGCAAGCUGAUCUUCUUAGGGCUUGUGGGGAUGACUCAAAUUCUUGUAUAUUGGAGCAAAAGGUUUUGACUGCAGUUGCAACUGAAACUGCAUCAGCAGUAAACUAUGGGGUUGAAGGUGAUUCUUCUGGUUUCCAACAGAUUCGUUCAUUGUCGGAACAAAGAAUGAAUCCUAAAAGUAAUUUCCACCCUAAAAGAGCACACAUAGAAUUACCAGUUCGUGUUGACUUUGUGGGGGGCUGGAGUGAUACGCCUCCUUGGAGCUUGGAGCGUCAAGGUUGCGUUCUGAAUAUGGCAAUAAAUCUAGAAGAUUCCCUUCCAAUUGGAACUGUAAUAGAAACCACCAAAAGUCUUGGGGUUCUGAUUAUGGAUGACUGUGAGAAACAAAUUUUCAUUGAAGAUGUUCUCUCUAUCUCAGCACCAUUUGAUAAAGAUGAUCAGUUUCGACUUGUAAAAGCCGCACUACUUGUCACUGGAAUUGUUCAUCAUGAAAUAUUGUCCAACUCAGGCCUAAAAAUUCAGACAUGGGCCAGAGUUCCUCGUGGGAGUGGGCUUGGAACGUCUAGUAUUUUGGCUGCGGCUGUUGUCAAGGGACUAUUGCAUCUCAUAGAAGGAGAUGAAAGCAAUGAAAAUGUUGCCAAAACUGUUUUGGUACUUGAGCAAGUAAUGGGAACAGGAGGUGGUUGGCAGGACCAAAUAGGAGGUUUGUAUCCUGGGAUUAAGUGUACCUACAGUUUUCCUGUACAACCAUUGCGCUUGCAAGUUAUUCCUCUUGUUGCUUCACCUGAGUUAGUAUUGGAGUUGGAGCAGCGUCUAGUGGUGGUGUUUACUGGCAAAGUACGGCUUGCUAACCAAGUUCUGCAGAAGGUAGUAACUCGGUAUCUCCGCCAUGAUAACCUUCUGAUAGAAAGCAUCAAGCGCCUUGCUACGUUGGCAAAGCUUGGGAGGGAAACCCUGAUGAAUGGUGACAUUGAUGAGCUGGGUGACAUCAUGCUGGAAGCCUGGCAACUACACCAGGAAUUGGAUCCAUUUUGUAGUAAUAAACUCGUUGAUAGGCUUUUUGCUUUUGCUGAAGCCUACUGCUGCGGCUACAAACUGGUCGGUGCAGGAGGUGGUGGCUUCGCUUUGCUGCUUGCAAAGGACGCAGUUUAUGCCCAAAAUCUAAAGCAGGCACUUAAGGAAUUCUCUGAUCCUGAUGUGAAGGUGUACAAUUGGAAAAUUUGUCUCUCCUAGUUACUUUUGACUUCGUCCUUUAUAUAUUGGUAAAUGUGCACAUUGAAAUUUUUGUAUAUAUGCUAUUAAUAAAUUUUAGUUACUUUAUAUU